CCGUUCUUUCUUCUUUCACGACCUAUUUCCUCCUUCUAAUGGUUCGCACACUUUCUCCGAACCCAAUUCCUCUCCUUAAUCCCUUCUGAGCCGAUCCCCUGGUGCGGAAAUCAUGGCGCGUCUCGGCCGCGUAGGGUUUCUCACCCUCGCGCUGGUCUUCCACCUGAUCUAUGUCUACUCGAUCUUCGACAUUUACUUCGUCAGUCCCAUUGUCAGUGGCAUGCGAUCGUUCCGUGUCGAACGAGGGCCCAAUGCCGCUGCCCCCGCCAAACGUCUCGUCCUGUUCGUCGCCGAUGGCCUGCGCGCCGAUAAAGCCUUCCAGGCAUUACCCGACCCCGACGAUGCGGAGGGCGAGGACAGCGAGCCCGUCUACCUUGCGCCGUAUAUUCGAUCCCGCGUCCUGUCCCACGGCACCUUCGGAAUCUCCCACACCCGAGUUCCCACAGAAUCGCGGCCGGGCCACGUUGCGCUUAUUGCGGGGUUAUACGAGGAUGUGUCGGCGGUCACAACGGGGUGGAAGCUGAACCCGGUGAACUUCGACAGCGUGUUCAACCGGAGUCGCCAUACGUGGAGCUGGGGAAGUCGCGAUAUUCUUCCCAUGUUUCAGGAGGGCGCGGUUCCUGGGAGGGUGGAUGCGGAGUCGUACGGGGAAGAGCUGGAGGACUUCACUACCGAUGCAACGGGGCUUGACAUCUGGGUCUUUGAUAAGGUGAAGGCGCUUUUUGAGUCCGCUCGCACCGAUCCCGUGUUGGAUGCGAAGCUGCGGGAGGACAAGUUGGUUUUCUUCCUGCACCUCCUCGGCCUGGACACGACCGGUCACUACUUCCGCCCGUACUCGAAGGAAUACCUCAGGAACAUCAAGCUGGUGGACAAGGGGGUGCAGGAAAUCACCAAGCUGGUGGAGGAGUUCUACGGGGACGAUGAGACAGCUUUCGUUUUCACGGCCGACCACGGAAUGAGCGACUGGGGCAGUCACGGAGAUGGUCAUCCUGACAACACCAGGACACCCUUGGUGGUGUGGGGUUCCGGCGUGGCUGGCCCUCGCUACUCCAUGGAAGGGACGCUCUCGGGGCAUGAGGAUGGUGUUUCGUCUGAUUGGGGCUUCGACGGCAUCCAGCGCAACGAUGUCGAGCAGGCGGAUGUCGCAGCUCUCAUGGCAUAUUUGACUGGGCUGGACUUUCCCACCAACUCCGUGGGUAGACUACCUUUGGACUACUUGGAUGCCAGUCCCAAGGACAAGGCUCUCGCCGCGCUCGCGAACACACAGGCGGUUUUGGAAAUGUACCGGGUGAAGGAGGAGCAGAAAAAGGCCGACCUGCUUCGAUACAAGCCUUUUGAGCCUCUGGCUGAUCAUGGCCAGAACUCGGUGGAUGAACACCUGGAAGAGAUCAAGGCUACUAUCGCAAGAGGCUCCUACGAGGAAUCAAUUGAGAUGUCUUCCGCUCUCCUCGUCACGGCCUUGCAAGGCCUGCGUUAUCUGCAAACAUAUGACUGGCUCUUUUUAAGGACGAUUGUCACGCUUGGGUACCUGGGCUGGAUUGCCUAUGCUCUGACCACCGUUAUUGACCUGCAUGUUCUUCACGGCACUUCCGAGUCGAACCGUUCAGUAUUAAGCACGAUGUUUUUCUCGUCUCUUCUUGUGGGACUUUUCUCGGUCUUUUGUUACCAGCAGUCCUCAUGGCGGUACUAUUUCUACGGUGUCUUCCCGGUCUUUUUCUGGGAAGAGGUGUUCGCCCGGCGCAAGGCUUUGCUUGCUGGCCGCGCGAUUCUGAUGAGUCACGUCCAAUCCCCAAGUGGCUAUGUCGUGUUUGCAAUUCAGCUGCUGGUUUUUGUGGGCAUUCUGGAGGCCCUGGUUCAAUCAUACUUCCGCCGGGAGAUCUUUACCGUUUGCUUCAUCUUGGGUGCUUUUUGGCCUCUACUACACGGAAUCGGGUUUGUAAAAAAGCAUGGCGGUCUUCUCGUUUCGUGGGCCGUUGGCUGUCUCUUGAUGAGUAUUUUCACUUUGCUCCCUGCCAACAAGGUCGAAGACAUUGGUCUUAUAACAUGCGGUGCCCUGUUGAUGUUCCUCACUGGGCUAUUGUACCUACUGUUUGAGGACUUUGUUUUGGGACAGAAGAAGUCCUCGGACGAGUCGCCCAUUGCCAUUUCCCGCUGCGGCUCACGCACGAUCAUCGGCGCGCAGCUGGGCAUGGUUAUCCUUGCCCUGAUAGUCACGAGAUCCAGCACAGCAGCCCUGCAGUCCAAACAAGGACUUCCAUUUGGCAACCAAGUGGUUGGUUGGUUCGUCUUGGUUGUGUCACUUCUCCUUCCAUUCCUCCACCGACUGUAUCCAAACAGCCACUACCUGCACCGCUUGGUGGUCCUCUUCCUCACCUUCUCCCCGACAUUCGUCAUCCUCACCAUUUCCUACGAAGGCCUCUUCUACUUCGUCUUCUGCAUCACCCUAGUCACCUGGGUCCGGCUCGAGCAUGCCAUCUACGUCUACAACACACCCGCGCCCACCAACUCCACCACCACUCCAGAGAAGCCUCGCGCGAAUGCCACGGCCAUCGUCGAGGGUCACGCAUACCAAUACCGCACCCUCAGCAUCUCCGACACCCGUGUCGCCCUAUUCUUCUUCUUCCUCCUGCAAUCCGCCUUCUUCAGCACGGGUAACAUCGCAUCCGUCUCCUCAUUCUCACUAGAGAGUGUCGUCCGCCUCAUCCCCGUCUUCAACCCCUUCGCCCAGGGCGCACUCCUGAUACUGAAAAUCCUCAUCCCCUUCGCCAUCAUCAGCGGCAACCUGGGCAUCCUGAACCGCAAACUCGAAGUCGCGCCGAGCGCCCUCUUCAUGGUCGUGAUGGCCAUCUCCGACAUCAUGACCAUGAACUUCUUCUACAUGGUCCGCGACGAAGGCUCCUGGCUGGACAUCGGCACGACCAUCAGCCACUUCUUCAUCGCCAGCCUCCUGUGCGCGUUUGUUGCGGGACUGGAGUUCCUUAGCGGGGUUAUUCUCAGUGGAGUUGAGUUUGGGCCCAGGGCUAGUGCGUUUGGCGCUGCUGUUGCGGAAGCGGUUAAUGGUUCGGCGGAUGAUGUGGAUAAGAUGGACAAGGCUGCCCAAUAGAAUAGAAUAAAUCGUUAUGGGAUGGGGUGGAUGCGCGGUCGUGCGAAGGAGAUACGACGCGACGCGAGAGGGAGUCCUAAUGAUUUUGUACAUGUGUGAUAUAGUUAGAUACUGAUACUCAUAUUUUGAUUAAU